AUGGAUUCUUUGGAAUGGUUUAAGAAAACAAGAAUUAUUGUAGGUGAGGAUCUGUAUUAAGUUAUCAAAAGCAAAAUGUAAAUAGAGUAGUAUUCUGUUAAUGAUGUACUUACAAAGAUUGGAGACAAAGGGAAUAAAUUCUAUGUAAUUCUCUAAGGAUUGGUUGGAGUUUUUGUACGAAAUGAAGAUCAAUUAACAAUGAUAAAUGUUUGCAGGGAAGGUGAAGGGAUGGGUGAACUAUCGAUAAUGUCUAAUAAAUCUAGAAUGGCUACAUUGGUAUGCUUAACUGAUUGUGUAAUUGCUACUCUAACUGCAUACUAAUACAAGAGAUAUGUUAUGUAGAAUGAUGUUUAGAGAAUUAACAAUUUAGUGGCUUUAAGUGAUAAAGUCAGUCUUUUUAAUUCGUUAAAUAAGUAAGGCAAGAUAAUGUUGAUGCUAUGCAUGAAGGAGGUUGAAAUUGUAAGGAAAUAAAUAAUUUACAAAUAAGCUUAGUAAGCCAAAAACUUGUAUAUUAUAAUUGAAGGGUCAGUUAAAUUGUGCUUAAAGGAAGGUUCCAAAUAAAAGACUCUCUGUGUCAUUAGCGAAAAUGAGAUUUUUGGAGAUUUGAUGGGUAAAGACUUGUAUCAGGAAACAGCAGAAUGUGAAUCAUAGAGUUGCAGACUGUUGAUGAUUAGCAGGAAAACUUUACAAAAGGUUCUUCAAUCAACCCAUUCUUUGGGGAUUCUAGAAGAAAUGAAACAAAAUGCUCAUAUCAAAUCCUGUUUUAGAACAUAGUUUAAGGAAAGCAAUUCUUUAUUUUAGUAAGAAUAAUUAAGCACAUAUGAACCUUUUGAAUCCACUCGGACUCUCUUUUAUUCGAAUGGAAUAUAUUUGUCGGAUAAAAUGCUCAUAAGAUCGAAUAGAAAAGUGAUGCAAUCAAUCUUAAAUAGAAGCAAAGUUCGAAGACCAGUGAUUUGUGUAUCUGUUGUCGAGAGAAAAUCUAAAUUGGAUAGUGGAUUGAGAUUGUCAAGUUGCCACAAAUGA